CGGGAGUCUGCCGGCAGUAGUUUAAGCGCGCAGAGGAGGAGAGCAGGUUCCGGGAGGUCUUUCGGGCCGGCGCGAGGGAGCUGCAGGUGGGACCGUUACCCGCCCAGCACCUGAGAGCGAGCGGGGCGGCCGGAAAGGAAGCGUGCCUGCGCACCAUGAUCCCCUUGGAGAAGCCGGGCAGCCGCGGCUCCCCCUCGGCAGCCGCCUCAGGGGCGGGCCGGAGUCUGGGCGCGCCGCGCCGGCCGCCGCCCCCACCCCAGGCCCGCGGGCUGCUGACGGAGAUCCGCACCGCCGUGCGCACCGAGCCCUUCCAGGACGGCUACAGCCUCAGCCCGGGCCGAGAGCUGGGCAGGGGGAAAUUUGCAGUGGUGAGGAAAUGUAUAAAGAAAGAUUCUGGAAAAGAAUUUGCAGCAAAGUUCAUGAGAAAAAGAAGAAAAGGCCAAGAUUGUCGAAUGGAAAUAAUUCAUGAGAUUGCUGUUCUUGAACUAGCACAGGAUAAUCCUUGGGUCAUUAAUUUACAUGAAGUCUAUGAAACUCCAUCAGAAAUGAUUUUAGUUCUGGAAUAUGCUGCUGGGGGUGAAAUCUUUGACCAGUGUGUUGCAGACAGAGAAGACGCCUUUAAAGAAAAAGAUGUUCAAAGACUCAUGAGGCAGAUAUUAGAAGGUGUUCGCUUUUUACAUGCUCAUAAUGUAGUACAUCUUGAUCUGAAGCCUCAGAAUAUUCUGCUGACAAGUGAAUCUCCACUGGGUGACAUUAAGAUAGUUGAUUUUGGUCUUUCAAGAAUAAUGAAGAACAGUGAAGAGCUCCGAGAAAUUAUGGGUACUCCUGAAUAUGUGGCUCCUGAAAUUCUUAGUUAUGAUCCUAUCAGCAUGGCAACAGAUAUGUGGAGCAUUGGAGUGUUAACAUAUGUCAUGCUUACGGGAGUAUCGCCUUUCUUAGGUGAUGAUAAACAAGAAACGUUCCUAAACAUCUCUCAGAUGAACUUAAGCUAUUCUGAGGAAGAAUUUGAUGUUGUGUCUGAGUCUGCUAUUAACUUCAUUAAGACGCUUUUAGUUAAGAAACCUGAUGUGAAAUGUGUAUCUUUUUAUAGACAUCGAGCCACAGCUGAAGAAUGUCUAAAACAUCCGUGGUUGACAGAGAGCAGUAUUCAGGAUCCUUCUUUCAAGGUGAAAGGGACAUUAGAAGAAGCAAAUGCACUCCAAGAAGGUGAUUCUGUGCCUGAAAUUAAUUCAGAUACUCAGAAACCAGAAACCGAGGAAUCAGUUGUAACAGAGGAGUUAAUUGUAUUUACUUCAUAUACUUUAGGACAAUGCAGACAGUCUGAAAAAGAGAAAAUGGAGCAAAAGGCCAUUUCCAAACGAUUUAAAUUUGAGGAACCUUUGCUACAAGAAAUUCCAGGAGAAUUUAUCUACUGAGCAGUACUUCCCUUUAGAACUUUAAGAUUUCUACAUUGAAAACAUUAAUAUUAUUUAUGGACUUCUGGCCAAAUGGUACAUGUACUGAAAGUGGACAAACCAGGUAUCACUGAUAGAAAAAAAACUAAAAUUACUUUGUCAAACUUGUGGAUUUAGAUAUAUCAAGACAGAUUUAUAAAGUUGCCAACCAGGAGUUUUAACGGGUAAAGUUAUCUGUGUCAAUGUUAUUUUUAAGAAGGGAGAUGUUUGAACCUUUUAUUUCUAAAUCCUAUUUCUCCAGAAUGAAAAUUUGUUAUGCAAAGAUAAUCUGUAUUUACUUUCUUUAAAAAUCCAAGUAAAAGUGCCAAAUUAA